AUGUCGUCACCAUCCAAGCGACGAGAAAUGGAUCUGAUGAAGCUCAUGAUGAGCGACCAUGAAGUGCAAAUGGUCAAGGACAACAUGUCUGAGUUCAAUGUCAAGUUCAACGGGCCGAAAGACACCCCUUAUGAGGGAGGAACCUGGAAAGUUCACGUGGAGCUUCCUGUGAACUAUCCGUACAAGUCUCCGAGCAUCGGCUUUGUGAACCGCAUGUACCAUCCCAAUGUCGACGAGAUGUCUGGAUCGGUCUGUCUAGAUGUCAUCAACCAAUCUUGGAGUCCGAUAUUUGAUCAAUGUUUUCGAAGUAUUUUGCCUCAGCUCCUGACGUAUCCCAACCCCACGGAUCCUCUCAAUGGCGAAGCUGCAGCCUUGAUGAUUCGAGAUCCUGAGAAAUACGCGAGCAAGAUCAAGGAGUAUGUUCAGAUGUAUGCCACAGACAUCAGGUUCGAAGAUGAAGAAGAAGAGGAAGAAGAGGAAGAAGACGACGACAAAGAGGAUAGUGGAAUGGAUUCAAAUGACAAUGAUGAUGAUGAUGAACCAGCUGGAAAAAUGGACGAGGACUAG